AUGACCGUCUCUCAGCCUGGCGGCGGCCAUGGCCGCCAGCAGAGCCUCUCCAACCACCAGGCUUCGCACUACGCAUCUCGCCUGAAAUCUCCUCCAGCGCCUCUAGCAUCGCAUCCUCAGCCCGGCAGCCUCGACAACCGCCAACGACCGCCGCAGCUCUCUCCUAUGCCGCUCUCUCCGCGCUAUGACUCGAUCGCAACCGGCUCUCACAUGAUGCUGCGCAGUCCAGUGUCUCCCAUCCCUCCCCGAUCGGCCUCGCAGAACAGCUGGUAUGAGCGCAGGAGAGGACCGCCAGAGCCUUUGCGUCUGGAUUCCGCAAACGCUGUGAUGACAAAGGCCAUGCGCCCCGAGGUGCGCACGCCAGAGACCCCUGCCGUCGAGAACUUUUCUAGACCCCGGAAGCAGAGCGCCAGUAUUAGGUCGCCCCCUGUCGGUCCAGGUAGCCUGCGGCUGGCUUACCUCCCUCCCUCGGAUCGCAUGCCGGAGAUGACCAGCGUUUCACCUGCCUCCACGCCCUCCUGGCAGCGCCCCCGACAGCCUUCAGACUCUUCAAAACCUUCACUCUCAUAUGCCGCCUCUCCAUCUUUUCCCCCUACUGCCGAAUACCAAUACCUCGAAUCGAGCUCUGGCCGCUCCUCCAGAAACGCGGGCGCACAACCUCCUUCUUCAAUUGCCGGCCAUCGCCCCCAGUAUCUGGCCUACAAUAACCGCAUUGACAGCUCCAUAAGCGCUCCCACGCCUAGUGGGCCAGCUCCGUGGAUGAGCGACGACGAACUGCGAUCCAGCUUCAGGUCACAGCUUACAUCAUCGUCCACUCCCGCCACUGCCUUGACCGAGCGAAGCAGCGUCCUGACCAAGGACAGCUCUGUUCUGUCGCUCUACGGAGAAUCAGCAGACGCCGACGAGCCGAGCUUGGAAGAUGUUAUGGGCAUGUACGAGAGAGGAUUCUGUGACGACGACGACGACGACGGCAACGAUUUUGCAAACGAAGAAUUUGAUCCCAACACUCAUUCUAACCGCCACAGCAACACCAACAACCACCACCACCACCCUUACGACGACCAAUAUAACAUUGGCUACGGUUCUGCAUACGAUCCAUACCCGCACGAGCCAGAGCCGGACUCUUUGCCAAAGCUAUUAGAGCAGGAGCAGGAGCAACAGCCAGAACUAGAAACGGUACUAGAAUCAGAGCUAGAGCCAACGCACGACCGUGGCCUCGAGCUUGAGCACGAACCCGAGCACGGGCUUGAGCACGGACACUCAACUUUACAUACACAUGAGGAAGAGGUAAUAGAGGAAGAAGCAACAGAGGAAGAAUCGGCCGAGCUCCAGGACGCUGUCCCAGACAACAUGAUUAGCGUUAUGCACCGUCCUGCUACCGCCAGGUCCGAACCGGUACCUGAGCGCAUCCACGAUGACGAGUUUGACUCGGACCCGGUGCCUCCGGUGCCUGCUCAGCAUUCUGCCCUAGACAUGGAAAUCAGGCAAUCAAAGAUGCUUUUUUCCAGCGCCGCCUUCACAUCAACGCCUGAGUUGCCGGGAGCGCGUGACCGGUACGGAUUCAAAAAGGAGAAUCAGUUCAUCAGCAUAGCCCAGUAUGAUGCUUGGGACAAGGGAUACUCUCAGUACCUCGCCCGUCGGCGCAAGAAGUGGGUUUCCUACCUCAAGGACAGCGCCCUAAUGACCGACCGCCCCCAACGUUUCCCAUCUCCAAAUGCCAAGACGAAGCGUUUCGUCCGCAAAGGCAUCCCGCCGGACUGGCGAGGAGCUGCGUGGUUCUACUACGCAGGCGGCCCAGCGAUUCUGGCCAAGCACGGCGGCCUUUACGACAAGCUAUUGCUGAGACAGGCCAAGCAUGUUGACAUUGAGGCCAUCGAGCGCGAUCUUCACCGGACAUUCCCUGAUAAUAUUCAGUUCAAGCCUUCGCAAGCCACCGCCGAUAUGCUCGACACCACGACUAGCAGCGAGAGGGCAAGCCAAUCUACGGUCAGGGGAGCGGCCUUGGACGGUAGCGGACCUGGCCCCGUUGGGCUACAAGGCGAGCCGCCGCUUAUUGCUUCACUCCGCCGCGUCCUGCUUGCAUUUGCCGUCUACAACCCUCGCAUUGGAUACUGCCAGAGCCUCAACUUCAUCGCCGGCCUUUUGCUUCUCUUUGUGGAUACAGAGGAACAGGCAUUCUGGCUGCUCAACGUCAUCACCCACAUCUAUCUCCCUGGCACGCACGAGAUGAGCCUCGAGGGCUCCAAGGUAGAUCUUGGAGUUUUGAUGACGGAGCUCCGGGACACGAUGCCUGCUGUGUGGGAUAAGAUUGGAGGAGAGCUAGAUGGCGGCGAGCCGCUGUCCAGACCAAUGACCAGCAAAUCAAUGUCAAUGCGAAAGUCACCGCUGACGCCUUCGCCGCUGACGCUUCGUCUGAAGAGGAAGGAACCCCAUCUGGCGCUGUCAUCUGAGCGGCUUCCUCCCAUCACCCUCUGCAUGACUGCUUGGUUCAUGAGCUGCUACAUCGGGACACUGCCCAUCGAGACAACGCUCCGUGUCUGGGAUGUCUUCUUCUACGAGGGAUCCAAGACUCUUUUCCGGGUUGCUCUGGCCAUCUUCAAGUUGGGAGAAGCCGAAAUCAAGGCGAUUGGAGACCCAAUGGAAAUGUUUGGUGUAGUCCAGUCUCUGCCUAGGAAGAUGCUGGACGCGAAUAAAGUCUUGGAGACUUGCUUCAAGAGGCGUAACGGCUUUAACCACCUCAGUCAAGAAGUGAUUGAGGAGCGCCGGCAAGAAAGACGUGAUAAAGCCCAGCAGGAUCUUCUCUUGCGGUCUCGCAGUAAGGCUGCAACACACCACGGAGCUCAUGGCAGAGAGGCUGAUGGGGAGCGGAAGGGCGGCCUCUUUGGCCUGAAGAAAUAA